GGCCGGCGGCGGCGGGGAAGAUGGCGUACCAGAGCCUCCGGUUGGAGUACCUGCAGAUCCCACCGGUCAGCCGCGCCUACACCACCGCCUGCGUCCUCACCACCGCCGCUGUGCAGUUGGAAUUGAUCACACCUUUUCAGUUGUACUUCAAUCCCGAAUUAAUCUUUAAACACUUUCAAAUAUGGAGGCUAAUCACCAAUUUCUUAUUUUUUGGGCCAGUUGGAUUCAAUUUUUUAUUUAACAUGAUUUUUCUAUAUCGUUACUGUCGAAUGCUAGAAGAAGGCUCUUUCCGAGGUCGGACAGCAGACUUUGUAUUUAUGUUCCUUUUUGGUGGAUUCUUAAUGACUCUUUUUGGUUUGUUUGUGAGCUUAGUUUUCUUGGGCCAGGCCUUUACAAUAAUGCUUGUCUACGUGUGGAGCCGAAGGAACCCGUAUGUCCGCAUGAACUUCUUCGGCCUUCUCAAUUUCCAGGCCCCCUUUCUACCCUGGGUGCUCAUGGGCUUUUCCUUGUUGUUGGGGAACUCAAUCAUUGUGGACCUCUUGGGUAUUGCAGUUGGACACAUAUAUUUUUUCUUGGAAGAUGUAUUUCCCAAUCAACCUGGUGGAAUAAGAAUUUUGAAAACACCAUCUAUUCUGAAGGCUAUUUUUGAUACACCAGAUGAAGAUCCAAAUUACAAUCCACUACCUGAAGAGCGGCCAGGAGGCUUUGCCUGGGGUGAGGGCCAGCGCCUCGGCGGCUAAAGUGGCAGUGCCAAUGACGAGACCCAGCUGGGAAGGACUCAGUGACAUACCCAUUGGGAUUCUUUUAUCCUUUGUGUUGCAAAAGUAUGGACACUUUUGACAGCUUGACAAGAUUUUGACUCCAGAAGCACUUUAUGAAAUGACACACUGAUUAAUCCAGAAGACAUUUCCAGCAGUUUGCCAGUGGUUCCUCACUACACUGGUACUGAAAGUGUAAUCUCUUGGAGCCAAAAAACUGGAGACACAAAUAGCCUGCUGCCUCGAAGGAACAAGUACCUGAGUACUUGAGUUCUGUGGUGACGGGCAGAGUUUUUCCUCUUCCUCCUCCUCUUUGAUAGACGAGGCCGUGGUGUAAAUGGAAGUUUCAGAGAGGACAAAAUAAAACUGAAUUCCAUCUCUC